AUGGAAACGAUAGACAUUCUCAUAAUCGGUGGUGGCGCAGCUGGUAUCGCGGUUGCGCUGGCUGUCCUCGAGAAAGCUAGGCAAGGCUGGUUCGUGGAGAGCCUGACCAUAGUAGAUAAGAGCGAGGAGCCUGGAACGGGGCUGGCAUAUUCCGAAUCGGCGAGGGGGACAGCCUUGAAUCGCCAGGAUAUCGCAAUGUCUCUAAUGCCUGGCCAGCCCAACCACUUCAAGGACUGGAAAACGAGGCGGGGGAUGGUAGAAAGGGAUGGAUCUGGCUAUACCGACAGAGAGGUAUAUGGUGCCUAUUUGAAGGAUAUGCUCUGUGAUAUUAAUAGCACCGCAUGGAAGCUCAAGGUGCACUUCGGACUCAUCCGCAAAGAAGCUGUUGGUUUGGAAUUCUGUGGCGAAGGAGAUACGGCACACUACCGAGUAGAUUUAGCGGAUGGUUACGCGAUAUGGGCGAAAAGGGUGGUGUUGGCUCUUGGGAGUUUCCCAGCGGUCAAGAAAGCACAUCUCCUCGACACGAUGGGGUAUUUCCCUACCCCUUGGCCGACGAAGAAGAUCAAAGAAAUACCGACAGAUGCCGCUGUCGGAAUUGUGGGUGCUGGUGCCUCUGCCAUCGACGUCGUAGCGUUGUUGUAUCAGCGCAAGCAUAGAGGGAGAAUUUAUAUGAUGAGCAGAAGCGGGGAGUUUCCUCGCGUCGAACGAGCCUCACGGCCCUUCCAACAAGCUCACACCUUAUAUACUCCGGCUCGCCGGCUCGAAACCGGAGAACUAUCCUUGGAGGAGUGUCUUAACGACGUCGGAUUUAUUCUAGCUUCGCCAUAUAUCGAUACGGAUGGAGGCGCUCAUGACAACGCCGAAAAUCCUAAAAAGGGGCAUGGUGACCGUGUAUUUGCGGGAAUAGAUGAGGACAUGGAGAAGGUGAAUCGGAGAGAGACCCUCUUGCCCAAGGUCCCGAGUGUUAUCUUGAAAAGUAUAGGCGAGAGGAUUUGGAGGUUCGCAACAUUGACUGACGGCGUGAGCUUUCUGGAAAACCACCCGACUUGGAGGCUUAUCCGACAGGAAACCAUGCCAGUCGCUUACGCAGCCGCCCUCCGGAAAUCCAGGCAGAGGGGGCAACUGGAAGUCAUCAAAGACGACGGCGUUGGAUCGGGAGCAGGCCAUCAGUUCUCCAUGGGAAGAUUUAACAAAAUCCCCGUCGACUGCGUGAUCGAGGCUACGGGGCUGGAACAUGAUGUUGGGGUCCUGUCCUUGGAAUCACCUAUACUGAAGCAAAUGGUUCAGCGAAAGUUGAUCCACGCCGAUCCACGUGGAGGAAUAAAAGUCGGGUUUCUAGAUCUCAGAGCCGGCCCCAACUUAUACGCGCUCGGGUCGCUUACCAAGGGAACCCAUUACUUCGUCGAAGACAUCAGCCGGAUUACCUGCCACGCCUCUCGCAUAUCGGACGGCCUUGUCGGGCUUCCGCCCAGCCAGCCUCUCCAGGUUGCCUUGUUCGUCAACCCGGACCUCUUCUCGGAGAUAAUCAUGAUGGAGCUCGUGCCGAAGCUCCUCGCGAUGGGCCACAUGCCGUUCGUCUUCCACCCCGAACCCCCCGACGACUCCAUAUACCUCGAGGCCCACGAACGAGGCUACCACUAUAUCAAGUCAUUUAUGCUUUCCCAGGCCAUCCUACCGGAUUACAAAUCCCACGGGGGCCCUCCAGAAGUAGCGCUGGCGACGGCCUCACUUGAGAAUGAGUAUGGGGUGCUCGUUCGGGAAAUCGGAGACCUCUGCGACCCUAGCCUCCCGUCCACCCUACGGCUCCACCAUAUAGAUAUCGGCAUCAUGAUCGGCCCGACAAAGGAAGCCGAAGGCGAGAUCUGCACCGACUGUCCGCUGCUACUGCUCAAGCCUGGGCUAGCGCCGCUCUACGUCGAUAUCGAGGUGGCGAUGAGAUGCGGCUGGGAACGGUUUGGGUACAGCCUCGUGUGGCGCUGCACGAAAGCGCAGGACGACGGGGUCGUGGCGAUGAAGCACCGGAGCAUCGUGGGGGCGCCGUGCGUCUGCAGCGCCAUGGUCGACUGCUGCGGGGCGGGGGCCGAGAUGGCGGCCGAGGCGGUGUCCAAGUUCGCGCGAAGACUGCCGCUGAGGAGCGCGUCGAGGACGUCGCCGCUCGGGAAAAGACCGGCCGGGACCGUAGCCGGUCCCCCUCCGAAGCUCGUCGACCCGCCGUCGGCGGUGCCACGGAUCCUCUCCCGCUUCGCGACGCCCGAGAGCUGGGAUCGCCUGCGCAAGACCAUAGACGGGGAUCUGCGCUGCUGGAGCUCGUAGCGUCAUAUUCUUGCUUCGCGCCAUUACUGCCUCGCACUGGAGCAUAGUAACAUUAAACUCUUGGGUUGAUGGGAUGUGGAACGUGUUGACAGGACCAGUGCUGAACCCGACGUUGUUAUUCCGGCCUCCGCUUUUGUUUCUGUGCUUGAUGAAUGCCGGAUGCCGGAAAAAUAAAACAGGAAACGGGGAAGAGAAAAGGAAAAAUAUAUAUAUAUAUAUAUAUAACCCUCGUUAUCAUAAUAAUGUAGAGCGCGGCUUUGUCUCGCGCAGAUUCGAG